AUGCCCCCAGAUGGCUCCUCCUUCACAACCCUAAACCUCCCACCAACAUUCACCCUCCCACAAUGCAUGGAAUACUUCGAACUCACAGCGGGCCCAAACACGGAUCUAUGGCGCAAGCCACCUAACGGCGACACCUCCACCGCCCCAAUCGUCUUCACAUCCCUCCGCCACCCCUUCGUCGUAGCCGAAGUGACCGUCAGCGCAGAUUGGGAAAUGGAAUGGGACCAGGGCGGCCUAGUCAUUUUCGCCGGUGCAGAACCCCAAUCGUUCUCCUCAGAUACAACACCGGGAGGUGAUCUCCCCUCGACACGUCGAUCCUCUGCCCCACCCCCAUGUAAAUGGGUGAAAGCCGGAAUGGAAUUUUCUUCGGGCACGGUGAAUGCGUCGUCCGUGAGUGCCACGGCCGAUGGGGCGGAUUGGUGUUUAUCGCCGUUGGUGCAGAGUGUGACUGGGCCGGCGAUUCAGUCAUUGCGUAUUAAGCUUGAGAGGGUGGGUCAUGCGCUUUGGAUUUGGUAUCAGGUUCCUUCUGCGGUGCCAUAUGCGUUGAGUCCUGGUGCGGUGGGGAGUACGUGGAAGAAGUUGAGGGAAGUGACUUGGUUUUUUUAUGGGGUUGAGGAUAAGUUUGUUCAUGUUGGUUGUUAUGCGAGUCGGCCGACGAAUAUUUCGCGGGGGCAGACGAUGUGGGAUGCUAUGCAUGGGAUGAGCUUGGAGAAUAAUCUGGCGGCUGGGACGUCGGAUGGGUUAGUUGUUGAGUUUGAAGAUCUGGAAAUCUUCUAG